GUGAUGUACAAACCGGCGGAAACAACCGCGGAGAGGAAACGCCCACCGCCGGUGAAAGUGUUGUCCGGACAGCUGAGGACGGCGGAGAACCGGGGGACCGCGGACGGCGGGGACGGCUGUCUCAUCAGGCGGGGCGGGGGUCGCUCUCUGCUGGUCUCACUGGUGUGGAUGCAGGGGACCGUGCUGGAGGUCCAGUCGGAGAGGAACACCGUGAUGCUGAUGGACGAGACGGGGACCUUCGCUGUGCAAGGCGUCGACAACAUCCCGAGAGGGAAGCCGUGUUUGGCCCAAGGCAAAUAUGUCAUGGUGAUGGGCGUCAUCGUGGCCGCCUCCCCGGAGCCGGUGAUCCGUGCCGUGAAGAUGGCCAACCUCUCGGAGCUCGCCGGGCUGCACAGAAGGAUGUGGAAGCUGGAGGUGGAGGAGCUGCAGCGGGUGCUGGCCUGAAAGCAGAACCACCUGCAGCUCUCAUGCAGCAUGGAAGUGAUGCUCCACUAAAGACCGAACGCUGGAUUCCACUUGAUGCAACAGUGACAAAGACAUGAGAAAACACUUGUUUUUGUGCGUUCUGUGGCUCCUCCUCCAGAGACGUCACAGUAAGAUGUCUGUAAAAAUAUUAAAUAAAAGGUGAUUCCUACUUUUCUC